AGCAGGUACAAUUUAGUAAUUCAAACAGUAGAAUUAUGUUAUGUACUUACAUAAAUGAUUUGUUUUAUAGUUUUAUAUACGCCUUCGAAAGAUAAAAAUGAUAUGAAUGAAUUGAAACAUAUUAAAAAAUACAAAACAUUACAAUGCAACAAAAAGUCCAAGAAGCAACAUAGCGCCGGCAUAACAAGAUUUAAUGUUUAAUUAAUAUCAUAAUUCAAAAUUUAGAAGGAUUGUAGACACCCAGGAACUUAAAUCAUGUAAUAAAAUGUCACAAUUUCCUAAUCAAACAUUAUUUAAGUUAUGCAUUAUUAUUUGUGCAGCCACUUUGCCUUUCUUAUUUACAAUAAAUGGUGAUUUUGUUUUUGACGAUUCGGUCGCAAUUACUAAAAACAAAGAUGUCACCUCUAAGUCCUGGUUGGAUUGCUUUUAUAAUGAUUUUUGGGGGACAGAAAUAAAAAGUGACCUAAGUCACAAAUCAUAUAGGCCUUUGACCAUUCUGACGUUCAGGAUAAACUAUUUUAUGAGUGGUGAAAGGUUGAUAGCCAUUCAUUUUAAGAUCACAAACUUAAUAUGCCACAUAUGGGGAUGUAUUGUUUUAUGGAUAUUUUUGAGAACUGUUUUAAAUAUUCAAAAUGAAGGAUUUUAUGAAACUUCAUUUUUGACAACAUUAUUGUUUGCUGUACACCCCAUACACGUAGAAGCAGUAAGUGGCAUAGUAGGACGAGCUGAUGUCAUGGCUUCAAAUAUUUUUCUUCUUGCAUUUCUUGUGUAUCAUUUCUCACAAUCAAAAUCUAAAUCAAUUUGGAAACACUUAAUUCUGUUGACAACAAUAAUCCUCUCAGGAAUAUCUAUGCUGUUUAAAGAAAAUGGGAUUACUGUUUUGGGAUUUUGUUUGGUGUAUGAAAUUAUGAAUAAGAUGAAAUUUAUGAAAUUAAAAAAAUCAACAACUGGUAAUUUUGUCAUAAAUAACAGAUUUGUAAAUCUGGAAUUAGAUUCAAUACUUAGAAUACUUAUUAUCCUAAGUGGAGCAAUUUUACUAUUAUCGGGAAGGUGGCUUAUAAUGGGAGGAUCUUAUCCAGAAUUCAAACCAGUUGAUAACCCUGCAGCUUUUGUUGAAAAUUAUUACACAAGGGUAAAAACAUAUAAUUAUAUUUAUUUCUUGAAUAUCUUGCUGCUGAUCUGGCCCCAUUGGUUAUGCUAUGACUGGUCUAUGGGCUGCAUUCCUUUACUUGAAAAUAAUAUGGACUUUAGGACCAUAUUCAUAUUCAUUAUGUACAUUUAUGGAGGACUGUUAAUUAAAAGUUUGUUCAAUAACAAAAAUCAUAGUACAACAAAAAGAUCAUUGAUUAUUGGUGUAUCUCUAAUGAUAUUGCCUUUUCUGCCAGCAGCAAAUAUUGUACGCCCAGUUGGUUUUGUUAUUGCUGAGAGAAUUCUCUACAUAUCUUCAUCCGGAUAUUGUUUACUUAUUGUUAUUGGAUAUAAAAAAAUCUGUAAAAAGGUGAACAGUGUAAAAUGUAAGGUCUUAUCUGCAAUGUUUUUAUUUCUGCUAAUAAUUUAUGGAAUGAGAAGUUUCCAAAGGUCAGGUGACUGGCAGAAUGAAUAUAAACUAUUUACGAGUGGGCUUUCGGUGUGUCCUCUGAAUGCUAAAAUACACUAUAAUGUCGCCAAAGUGGCUGAUAGUGAGCAACAUAUAGAAUGGGCUCUAAUGGAAUACAAAGAAUCAAUCAGAUUGAAUCCUACGUACUACCAGGCGAUGAAUAAUCUAGGGAAUCUACUAAAGACUCUAAAACGGUUCGACGAAGCAGAAUAUUACCUACGAGAAGCAAUUAAACAGAAGAAUGACUACCCUGCGACGUGGAUGAAUCUAGGAAUUGUAUUAGCUAAUAAAAAACGAUACCGCGAAUCGGAGAUGGCCUACAAAACCGCUAUACAACACAGAAGAAAAUAUCCGGACUGUUAUUAUAACCUGGGAAACUUGUAUUUAGAGCUGAACGACACAAACGCUGCGUCUGAAUGUUGGUUACAGGCCAUAAGUUUAAACUCUAAACACAAUUUGGCUUGGACUAAUUUACUUGCGCUACUUGAUAAUACAGGACAAACUGACAAGGCUCUAAAAAUCAUUCCGCGUGCACUCAACGAAUUACCGGAUUCGGGAUCAGUAAAUUUCGCUGUUGCAAAUAUUUACGGAAAAAUUGAACUUUAUGUGCAAGCUGAAAAGUAUUUCAAGAUCGCAAUUAAAUUGUUCGGCAAAAGAGUCCAAGCUCUUCAUUUCUCAAAUCUAGGUGUUUUGUACCACCGAUGGAAGAAAUAUAGUUUAGCCAAAGAAAUGUAUAGUAAAGCUAUCGAAUUAGAUCCAUUAUUUACAAGCGCACAGAAAAAUCUGAAGACUCUAAAGAGACUAAACUAAAUCGAUUUAAUAAAUCCCUUGCAAGAUAGGUACUUUAAUUAAUAACUAGAGGUCCCGCAGUAGUCUAAAUUCGACAAUAAUUAAUUGGAAUUGUAGGAUAAG